AUCGCUGCACAGUGUAGGCAUUGCCCAACUCCAAGCCGAAUCCCAAACCCCCGGUAUUCCAAUGAGUCCGACAUCCAGACGAUCCAGUUCUUCUAGGACCAAUAGUACAACGGCUCAUAGUUAUCACUCGCCAAGCUCGUUUGUCCGCCAUGGACGAGGUGACAUUGCUAUUAUCGGCUUCUCCUUCCUACUACCAGAGGCCGACUCUACGGAAUCGUUCUGGGACCUUUUGAUGUCUGGUAAAUGUGUAGCCUCCGAGUUUCCUCCUAAACGUCUUUGUAGUUUUAGACAUCACGAUGGCGGCAAUGAUAGGACAGGAACCAUAAGUGGCGCGUUAUUUUCACAGCCCUAUCAUGUUCAGUGCUGAUCACAUAUUUCACCUCCAAUAUAACAUGAUGCAAGGGACUCUCGGCAUAGUAACCCUCGUACAGAUACGGCCCCAGAAAGCCUCUUUUAUACGAAGAGACAUUAGUUCAUUCGAUGCUCGAUUCUUUAUGAUGACGUCCGAGGAAGCAGCAGCAAUGGACCCCCAGCAAAGAAUACUUCUAGAAACUACUUACCGUGCUCUCGAGAAUGCUGGGAUUCCGAUAGCAAUGAUCAACGACUCAGAUACGUCUGUGCACACCGGCUGCUUUACUACAGACUAUGCUCUGAACUGUGCAAAGGACCCAGAUAGCUUGCCCAAAUAUGCUGCUACUGGAAUGGCGGGUAACGGUCGAUCAAAAAUGGGUAUUGUAGCUGGCUGCAACCUUCUAUUGACAACUGAUCUUUUCAUAAGUCUUUCUAACCUCGGCUUCCUAUCACCGGAUGGCGUAUGCCACAGCUUUGAUUCUCGAGCAAAUGGAUACGGCCGAGGCGAAGGGUUUGGUGUCCUGGUCAUAAAGUCCAUUGACGCUGCUAUCCCUAUUUCUACUAGUGCCGAUGCUAUGAUCGAUAACGGUUCUAAGUUAGCUGAGAAAGUAGCUGCUUCAAAAUCGCUAAACGAAGCAGCAGAUAUUUUAGCAAAUGGACUGGCGAUGAAACUUGGAACAAUCUUCUCCAUGUCACGGGAGAGCUUUGAUCUGAGCCAACCCCUGCAUAACUACGGGGUAGAUUCCCUCAUCGCUGUAGAGCUACGGAAUUGGUUCAUCAAAACGCUCAAAGUCGACCUGGCUGUCUUUGAAAUAUUAGGCGGCGCUACAGCGAUGAUGUUAGGGCAAGCCGCGGCAGAGAAGAUGCGAUCAUGGACUUGA